AUGCUCUUUGUGUGUGUGUGUGUGUCUGUGUUUUCUUUUCCAGGUCAGAACUGUGGAGGCUUAGUCCAGGGUCCCAAUGGCACCAUCGAGAGCCCAGGGUUUCCACACGGUUAUCCAAACUACGCUAACUGCACGUGGAUCAUUAUCACAGGAGAACGUAAUAGGAUACAAUUGUCAUUUCAUACCUUUGCUCUUGAAGAAGAUUUUGAUAUUUUAUCAGUUUACGACGGCCAGCUCCAACAAGGGAAUUUGAAAGUGAGAUUAUCGGGAUUUCAGCUGCCGUCCUCGAUCGUCAGCACAGGAUCUAUCCUCGCGCUGUGGUUCACAACAGACUUCGCCGUGAGUGCCCAAGGUUUCAAAGCCCUGUAUGAAGUUUUACCCAGCCAUACAUGUGGAAAUCCCGGGGAGAUACUGAAAGGAGUUCUCCACGGCACAAGAUUCAACAUAGGAGACAAAAUCCGGUACAGCUGUCUCUCUGGCUAUAUCUUGGAAGGCCAUGCGAUUCUGACCUGCAUCGUCAGCCCUGGGAAUGGUGCUUCCUGGGACUUUCCAGCUCCAUUUUGCAGGGCUGAGGGAGCCUGUGGAGGGACCCUGCGGGGAACCAGCAGCCACAUUUCCAGCCCGCACUUCCCCUCAGAAUACGGGAACAAUGCUGACUGUACCUGGACCAUCCUCGCUGAGCCCGGGGACACCAUUGCCUUGGUCUUCACCGACUUUCAACUAGAAGAAGGGUACGACUUCUUGGAGAUCAGUGGAACAGAAGCGCCGUCCAUAUGGCUGACUGGCAUGAACCUUCCUUCUCCCGUUAUAAGCAGCAAGAACUGGUUACGACUGCAUUUUACAUCUGACAGCAACCAUCGGCGCAAAGGAUUCAAUGCACAAUUUCAAGUGAAAAAGGCAAUUGAAUUGAAGUCAAGAGGAGUCAAGAUGAUGCCCAGCAAGGACAGUAGUCAUAAAAACUCCGUCUUGAGUCAAGGAGGCGUUGCGUUGGUCUCUGACAUGUGUCCAGAUCCCGGGAUUCCGGAAAAUGGAAGAAGAGCAGGUUCCGACUUCAGGGUUGGUGCAAAUGUCCAGUUCUCCUGUGAGGAUAAUUAUGUGCUCCAGGGAUCCAAGAGUAUAACCUGUCAGAGAGUCACGGAGACACUGGCUGCGUGGAGCGACCAUCGGCCCAUUUGCCGAGCUAGAACAUGUGGAUCAAAUCUGCGUGGACCCAGCGGCAUCAUCACCUCCCCUAAUUACCCGGUUCAGUAUGAAGACAACGCUCACUGUGUGUGGGUCAUUACCACAACUGACCCGGACAAGGUCAUCAAGCUCGCGUUUGAGGAGUUUGAACUGGAGCGAGGCUAUGACACCCUCACCGUGGGCGAUGCUGGCAAAGUGGGCGACACCAGGACCGUCUUAUACGUACUCACUGGCUCCAGUGUUCCUGACCUGAUUGUGAGCAUGAGCAACCAGAUGUGGCUGCACCUGCAGUCUGAUGACAGCAUCGCCUCGCCUGGAUUUAAAGCUGUUUACCAAGAAAUCGAAAAGGGAGGAUGCGGGGACCCUGGGGUCCCUGCCUACGGGAAGCGGACUGGCAGCAGCUUCCUGCACGGGGACACCCUCACUUUUGAGUGCCAGGCGGCCUUCGAGCUGGUGGGGGAGAGGGUCAUCACGUGCCAGCAGAACAACCAGUGGUCGGGGAACAAGCCCAGCUGUGUGUUCUCGUGUUUCUUCAACUUCACUGCGUCGUCGGGGAUUAUCCUGUCCCCCAAUUAUCCGGAGGAAUACGGCAACAACAUGAACUGCGUUUGGUUGAUCAUCUCUGAACCCGGGAGCAGGAUCCACCUCAUUUUCAACGAUUUUGACGUGGAGCCUCAGUUUGACUUCCUGGCGAUCAAAGACGAUGGGAUUUCUGACCUAACAGUCCUCGGCACUUUCUCGGGCCACGAGGUGCCCUCCCAGCUGGCCAGCAGUGGGCACAUCGUCCGCUUGGAAUUUCAGUCUGACCACUCCACCACCGGCAGGGGGUUCAACAUCACUUACACCACAUUUGGUCAGAAUGAGUGCCAUGAUCCUGGGAUUCCCAUAAAUGGGCGACGUUUUGGGGACAGAUUUCUACUUGGGAGUUCGGUUUCUUUCCACUGUGACGAUGGCUUUGUCAAAACCCAGGGGUCGGAGUCUAUCACCUGCACCCUGCAGGAUGGAAAUGUGGUCUGGAGCUCCACGGUCCCCCGCUGCGAAGCCCCGUGUGGUGGACACCUGACAGCUUCCAGUGGACUCAUUCUGCCUCCCGGAUGGCCAGGAUAUUAUAAAGAUUCUCUGAACUGUGAAUGGAUCAUCGAAGCCAAGCCCGGACACUCUAUCAAAAUAACUUUUGAUAGAUUCCAGACUGAAGUCAACUAUGACACGCUGGAAGUCCGAGAUGGGCCAGCCAGCUCGUCCCCGCUGAUCGGAGAAUACCAUGGCACGCAGGCCCCCCGGUUUCUGAUCAGCACUGGCCAUUUCAUGUAUCUCCUCUUCACCACGGACAACAGCCGCUCCAGCGUCGGCUUCCUCAUUCACUACGAGAGUGUGACUCUGGACUCGGACUCUUGCCUUGACCCAGGAAUCCCUGUGAAUGGGCAUCGGCACGGCAGUCAUUUUGGCAUCAGGUCUACGGUGACUUUCAGCUGUGACCCGGGGUACACACUGAGCGAUGAUGAGCCCCUGGUCUGCGAGAGGAAUCAUCAGUGGAACCACGCCCUGCCCAGCUGUGACGCCCUCUGUGGAGGCUACAUCCAUGGGAAGAGUGGAACCGUCCUUUCCCCAGGGUUUCCGGAUUUUUACCCAAACUCCCUGAACUGUACAUGGACCAUUGAAGUGUCUCACGGGAAGGGAGUUCAGAUGAUCUUCCACACCUUCCACCUAGAAAGCUCCCACGACUAUUUACUGAUCACAGAGGACGGGAGUUUCACCGAGCCCGUGGCCAGACUCACUGGCUCUGUACUGCCUCACACUAUUAAGGCGGGUUUGUUUGGAAACUUCACCGCCCAGCUUCGGUUCAUCUCAGACUUUUCCAUUUCCUACGAGGGCUUCAACAUCACGUUCUCAGAAUACGACCUGGAGCCUUGCGAUGACCCUGGCGUCCCUGCCUUCAGCCGAAGAAUUGGUUUCCACUUUGGAGUCGGGGACUCUUUGACUUUUUCCUGCUUCCCGGGGUAUCGCUUAGAAGGUGCAACCAAGCUUACGUGCCUGGGUGGGGGCCGUCGUGUGUGGAGCGCGCCUCUGCCAAGGUGUGUGGCUGAAUGUGGAGCAAGUGUCAAAGGAAAUGAAGGAACAUUGUUGUCCCCAAAUUUCCCAUCAAAUUACGAUAAUAACCACGAGUGUAUCUAUAAGAUAGAAACAGAAGCUGGCAAGGGGAUCCAUCUCAGAGCACGGACCUUCCAGCUGUUUGAAGGAGACAUUCUGAAGGUGUAUGAUGGAAAAGACAGUUCAUCACGUCCGUUGGGGUCCUUCACUAAGAAUGAGCUCAUGGGGCUGGUCCUCAACAGCACUUCCAAUCACCUGUGGCUGGAAUUCAACACCAACGGCUCUGAAACCGACCAGGGUUUCCAGCUCACCUAUACGAGUUUUGACCUAGUAAAAUGUGAGGAUCCAGGAAUCCCUAACUAUGGCUAUAGGAUCCGAGAUGAAGGCCACUUUACUGACACUGUAGUUCUGUACAGCUGUAACCCAGGCUAUGCCAUGCAUGGCAGCAACAGUCUGACCUGCCUGAGUGGCGACCGGAGAGUGUGGGACAAGCCCCUGCCUUCCUGUGUAGCGGAGUGUGGUGGUCAUAUCCAUGCUGCCACGUCAGGGCGCAUCCUGUCUCCCGGCUACCCUGCUCCCUAUGACAACAACCUGCAUUGUACCUGGACCAUCGAGGCCGACCCAGGAAAGACCAUCAGCCUGCACUUCAUCGUGUUCGACACCGAGACGGCCCAUGACAUCCUGAAGGUCUGGGACGGCCCCGUGGACAGUGACGUCCUGCUGAAGGAGUGGAGCGGCUCCAUGCUCCCCGAGGACAUCCACAGUACCUUCAGCUCGCUCACCCUGCAGUUCGACAGCGACUUCUUCAUCAGCAAGUCUGGCUUCUCCAUUCAGUUCUCAACAUCCAUCGCGUCCACCUGCAAUGACCCAGGCCUGCCUCAGAACGGCACCCGCUACGGGGAUAGUAGAGAGCCGGGGGAUACCGUCACCUUCCAGUGCGACCCCGGAUAUCAGCUCCAAGGACAAGCUAAAAUCACCUGUGUGCAGCUGAAUAACCGAUACUUCUGGCAGCCAGACCCUCCCACGUGCAUAGCUGCGUGUGGAGGGAACCUGACGGGCCCAGCGGGUGUCAUUCUGUCACCUAACUACCCGCAGCCAUAUCCUCCCGGGAAAGAAUGUGACUGGAGAAUAAAAGUGAAUCCAGACUUCGUCAUCGCCUUGAUAUUCAAAAGUUUCAACAUGGAGCCCAGUUAUGAUUUCCUGCAUAUCUAUGAAGGAGAAGAUUCCAACAGACCUCUCCUUGGAAGUUUCCAGGGUUCUCAAGCCCCAGAAAGAAUAGAGAGUAGUGGAAAUAGUCUUUUUCUGGCUUUUCGGAGUGAUGCUUCCGUGGGCUUGUCGGGGUUUGCGAUUGAAUUUAAAGAGAAGCCCCGGGAAGCCUGUUUCGACCCUGGAAAUAUAAUGAACGGGACACGCAUUGGCACGGACUUCAAGCUUGGCUCAACCGUGACCUACCAGUGUGACUCUGGCUACAAGAUUGUGGACCCCUCCUCCAUCACGUGUGUGAUCGGAGCGGACGGAAAACCUGCCUGGAGUCAGGCCUUGCCUUCCUGCAACGCUCCCUGCGGAGGCCAGUACACGGGGUCCGAAGGGGUCGUUUUGUCACCAAACUACCCUCAUAAUUACACGGCCGGUCAAAUAUGCCUCUACUCCAUAACGGUGCCAAAGGAGUUUGUCGUAUUCGGACAGUUCGCCUAUUUCCAGACGGCACUGAAUGAUUUGGCAGAAUUAUUUGAUGGGACACACCCACAGGCCAGACUUCUCAGCUCUCUCUCCGGGUCACAUUCAGGUGAAACAUUGCCAUUGGCGACAUCAAAUCAGAUUCUUCUCAGAUUCAGUGCAAAGAGCGGUUCAUCUGCCCGGGGUUUCCACUUUGUUUACCAAGCUGUCCCUCGAACCAGCGAUACCCAGUGCAGCUCUGUCCCUGAGCCCAGAUACGGACGGAGAAUUGGCUCCGAGUUCUCAGCCGGUUCGAUUGUUCGAUUUGAGUGCAACCCGGGGUACCUCCUUCAGGGCUCCACCGCCAUCCGCUGCCAGUCCGUGCCUAACGCGUUAGCUCAGUGGAACGACACAAUCCCGAGCUGCGUGGUCCCCUGCAGUGGCAAUUUCACUCAGCGCAGAGGUACAAUUUUAUCCCCCGGCUAUCCUGAACCAUAUGGUAACAACUUAAACUGUAUCUGGAAAAUCAUAGUUACGGAGGGAUCAGGAAUCCAGAUUCAAGUGAUCAGUUUUGCCACGGAGCAGAACUGGGACUCUCUGGAGAUUUACGACGGAGGGGACAUGACCGCGCCCAGGCUGGGAAGCUUCUCAGGAACCACGGUCCCAGCUCUUCUGAACAGCACGUCCAAUCAGCUCUGUCUCCACUUCCAGUCUGACAUUAGCGUGGCAGCCGCGGGCUUUCACCUGGAGUACAAAACGGUGGGUCUCGCUGCGUGUCAAGAACCCGUCCUUCCCAGCAACGGCAUCAAAACAGGCGAUCGGUAUAUGGUGAACGACGUCCUGUCCUUCCAGUGUGAACCGGGGUAUACCUUGCAGGGCCGCUCCCACAUUUCUUGUAUGCCGGGAACCGUUCGCCGCUGGAACUACCCGUCUCCCCUGUGCAUCGCAACCUGCGGAGGGACACUGAGCAGCAUGGGGGGAGUGAUCUUGAGCCCAGGGUUUCCGGGCGCGUACCCCAACAACCUGGAUUGCACCUGGAAAAUCCAGCUACCUGUUGGCUAUGGUGCACAUAUUCAAUUUCUGAAUUUUUCUACCGAAGCUAAUCAUGACUACCUUGAAAUUCAGAACGGACCCCACCACGGCAGCCCCAUGAUCGGGCAGUUCAGUGGCACAGAACCCCCCUCCUCCCUGCUCAGUACGACACAUGAAACGCUCAUCCACUUUUACAGCGACCAUUCCCAGAACCGGCAAGGGUUUAAACUCACUUACCAAGCCUAUGAGUUACAGAACUGCCCGGACCCACCUCCUUUUCAGAAUGGUUAUAUGAUCAACUCGGACUAUAGUGUGGGACAGUCCAUAUCCUUUGAGUGCUACCCUGGGUACAUUUUAAUCGGCCACCCAGUCCUCACCUGUCAGCACGGGAUCGACCGAGACUGGAAUUAUCCUUUUCCGAGAUGUGACGCUCCUUGCGGAUAUAAUGUAACAUCUCAGAACGGUACCAUUUAUUCCCCUGGAUUUCCCGAUGAGUACCCAAUUUUGAAGGACUGCUUCUGGCUUAUCACUGUACCUCCUGGCCACGGGGUCUACAUCAACUUCACCUUGCUGCAGACUGAAGCUGUUAACGAUUACAUUGCUGUUUGGGAUGGGCCUGAUCAGAAUUCACCUCAGCUGGGAGUUUUCAGUGGGAAUACGGCCCUGGAAACCGCGUAUAGCUCCACCAACCAAGUCCUGCUCAAGUUCCACAGCGACUUUUCAAAUGGAGGCUUCUUUGUUCUCAAUUUUCACGCAUUUCAGCUCAAGAAAUGCCAACCUCCCCCGGCCGUUCCACAGGCAGAAAUGCUUACUGAGGAUGAAGAUUUUGAAAUAGGGGAUUUUGUGAAGUACCAGUGCCACCCUGGGUACACGCUGGUAGGGACUGACACGCUGGCCUGCAGGCUCAGUUCCCAGCUGCAGUUUGAAGGCUCUCCCCCAACGUGUGAAGCGCAAUGCCCAGCAAAUGAAGUCCGGACAGAAUCUUCUGGAGUCAUCCUCAGCCCAGGUUACCCAGGCAACUAUUUUAACUCCCAGACGUGCUCAUGGAGUAUUAAAGUGGAACCAAACUAUAACAUCACCAUCUUUGUGGAUACAUUUCAAAGUGAAAAGCAGUUUGAUGCACUGGAGGUGUUUGAUGGUUCUUCUGGUCAAAGUCCUCUGUUAGUGGUCUUAAGUGGGAACCACACUGAACAAUCCAAUUUUACAAGCAGGAGUAAUCAGUUAUAUCUCCGCUGGUCCACCGAUCAUGCAACCAGUAAGAAAGGAUUCAAGAUUCGAUAUACAGCACCCUACUGCAGCCUGACCCACACUCCGAAGAAUGGAGGCAUUUUCAACAGGACCACGGGGGCAGUUGGAAGUCAAGUGCAUUAUUUUUGCAAGCCUGGGUAUCGCAUGAUCGGCCACAGCAACGCGACCUGUAGACGGAACCCAGUUGGCAUGUAUCAGUGGGAUUCUCUCGCCCCGCUCUGCCAGGCUGUGUCCUGUGGAAUCCCCGAGUCCCCGGGAAAUGGUUCCUUUACGGGCAACGAGUUCACGCUGGAUAGUAAAGUGAUCUAUGAAUGUAAUGAGGGCUUUAAGCUGGAAGCAGGCCAACAAGCAGCGGCCGUAUGUCGGGAAGAUGGACUGUGGAAUAACACGGGGAAGCCUCCUGCAUGUACACCGGUGAUUUGUCCUGGCAUCGAAGCUCAGCUCCCGGAGCACGUCACCUGGAGACUGGUUUCGGGGUCACUGAAUGAGUAUGGAGCUCAGGUCGUGCUGAGCUGCAGUCCUGGCUAUUACCUGGAGGGCCAGAGGCUGGCACAGUGCCAAGCCAAUGGAACGUGGAGCCUAGGCGACGAGAGACCCAGAUGUCGAGUGAUCUCGUGUGGAAGCCUCUCCUUUCCGCCAAACGGUAACAAGAUUGGCACGCUCACAGUUUAUGGGGCCACAGCUAUAUUUACGUGCAACACGGGCUACACCCUGGUGGGGUCUCACGUCAGAGAAUGCUUAGCAAAUGGACUCUGGAGUGGCUCCGAAACUCGCUGUCUGGCUGGCCACUGCGGUUCCCCGGACCCGAUCGUGAACGGUCAUAUCAGCGGAGACGGCUUCAGCUACCGGGACACUGUGGUUUAUCAGUGCAAUCCUGGCUUCAGGCUGGUUGGAACUUCCGUUCGAAUCUGCCUGCAAGACCACAAGUGGUCCGGACAGACCCCCGUCUGUGUCCCCAUCACCUGUGGCCACCCCGGGAACCCUGCCCACGGCUUCACCAACGGCAGCGAGUUCAACCUGAACGACGUCGUGAACUUCACCUGCAACACGGGCUAUCUGCUGCAGGGCGCCUCUCGGGCCCAGUGUCGGAGCAACGGCCAGUGGAGUAGCGCCCUGCCCACGUGUCGAGUGGUGAACUGCUCAGAUCCAGGCUUUGUGGAAAACGCCAUUCGUCACGGGCAACAGAAUUUCCCUGAGAGUUUUGAAUACGGAAUGAGUAUCAUGUAUCAUUGCAAGAAGGGAUUCUACUUGUUGGGAUCUUCUGCCUUAACCUGUACGGCGAAUGGCUUAUGGGAUCGGUCUUUACCCAAGUGUUUGACUAUAUCAUGUGGACACCCAGGGGUUCCUGCCAAUGCUAUCCUAACUGGAGAACUAUUUACGUAUGGUGCCGUAGUUCACUACGCGUGCAAAGGGAGCCGUGAUCUUGUAGGCAACAGCACUAGAGUGUGUCAAGAGGAUAGUCACUGGAGUGGGGCGCUACCCCACUGUACAGGAAAUGAUCCUGGAUUUUGUGGGGAUCCGGGGACCCCAGCGCAUGGAUCCCGGCUUGGAGAUGAACUCAAGGCCAAGAGCCUUCUCCGUUUCUCCUGUGAGAUGGGUUAUCAGCUGAGGGGCUCUCCUGAGCGGACGUGUUUGCUCAAUGGCUCAUGGUCAGGACUGCAGCCCGUCUGUGAAGCCGUGUCCUGUGGGAAUCCUGGCACGCCCACCAACGGCAUGAUUGUCAGCAGUGACGGCGUCCUGUUCUCCAGCUCGGUCAUCUACGCCUGUUGGGAAGGCUACAAGACCUCGGGGUUAAUGAUUCGGCACUGCACAGCCAACGGGACCUGGACCGGCACAGCCCCCGACUGUACAAUUAUAAGCUGUGGGGACCCAGGUACACUGGCCAAUGGCAUCCAGUUUGGGACGGAUUUCACCUUCAAUAAGACUGUAAGCUAUCAGUGUGACCCUGGCUAUCUCCUGGAACCUGUCACAUCAUCCACCAUCCGUUGUACCAAAGACAGUACAUGGAAUAACAGCAAACCCACCUGCAAAGCUGUCACGUGUGGCCAGCCUCCUCAAGUACAGCACGGGAAGGUGGAGGGAGCAGAUUUCCACUGGGGGUCCAGCAUCAGUUACAGCUGCGUGGACGGCUUCCAGCCCUCUCACUCCGCCAUCCUCUCCUGCGAAGGCCGUGGGGUGUGGAAAGGGGAGGUGCCCCAGUGCCUACCUGUGUUCUGCGGAGACCCCGGCACCCCCGCGGAGGGGCGGCUCAGUGGCAAAAGCUUCACCUAUAAAUCUGAAGUCUUCUUCCAGUGCAAACCUCCCUUCAUACUGGUGGGGUCCUCGAGAAGAACCUGCCAGGCCGACGGCACGUGGAGCGGCACCCAGCCCACCUGCAUCGAUCCAGCUCAUAACAGCUGCCCAGACCCCGGCACUCCACACUUUGGAAUACAGAAUAGCUCCAGAGGAUAUGAGGUUGGAAGCACCGUGUUUUUCAGGUGCAGAAAAGGUUACCACAUCCAAGGUUCUACGACUCGGACUUGCCUGGCAAAUUUAACUUGGAGUGGAAUACAGACAGAAUGUAUACCCCACGCCUGCAGACAGCCAGAAACGCCAGCCCACGCGGACGUGAGAGCGAUAGACCUCCCUACCUUCGGUUACACCUUGGUGUACACCUGCCAUCCGGGGUUCUUCCUCGCGGCCGGGUCUGAGCACAGGACGUGUAAAGCAGAUAUGAGGUGGACGGGAAAAUCACCGGUCUGUAAAAGUAAAGGAGUGGGAGAAGUUAAUGAGACAGUUACUAAAACUCCAGUUCCUUCAGAUGUAUUUUUUAUCAAUUCAGUGUGGAAGGGAUAUUAUGAAUAUUUAGGGAAAAGACAACCUGCAACUCUAACAGUUGACUGGUUCAACGCAACAAGUAGUAAGGUGAACGCGACCUUCCUCGAAGCCUCGCAGGUGGAGCUGAAAUUGACAGGUGUUUACAAGAAGGAAGAAGCUCACUUACUUCUGAAGGCUUUCCAAAUUAAAGGUCCCGCAGAUAUUUUUGUAAGCAAGUUUGAAAAUGACAACUGGGGACUAGAUGGCUAUGUGUCAUCAGGACUUGAAAGGGGAGGAUUUACUUUUCAAGGUGACAUUCAUGGAAAAGACUUCGGAAAAUUCAAGCUGGAAAGGCAAGAUCCCUUAAACUCGGACCAAGAGCCUUCAAAUCAUUACCACGGCACUAGCAGCGGCUCGGUCGCAGCUGCGAUUCUCGUUCCGUUCUUCGCUCUGAUUUUGUCCGGAUUUGCGUUUUACCUCUACAAACACAGAACGAGACCAAAAGUUCAAUACAAUGGCUAUGCCGGACACGAAAACAGCAAUGGACAAGCUUCAUUUGAAAACCCUAUGUAUGAUACAAACUUAAAACCCACAGAGGCAAAGGCUGUGCGCUUUGACACAACUCUGAACACAGUGUGCACAGUGGUAUAG